AUAAAGACGUUGCUGGAUAAGGUGGAAGAACUGCAACAUAAUAAUUCACAGCUGAUUGCUCGGCUACAAAAAAGUGAGAUUCACAGUGCGGAACUCAAGACUCAGCUCAUGCAGGCCACCAAGGAGAUAGAUGAGCUCAAAGAAAAUCUACAAGAGUCCUGUUCCCAGGUUAGUGCCUUACAGCAAAGAGAAAGGGAGCAGGAGCUGGACAGGGAGAGUGAGAAGGAUAGGGAGCAGCUGAACACCUCCACCCCACAGACGAGUUCAGAGCUGGACCAGAAGAUCCAGGAGCUGCAGGAUAAGGGGCUGAUCAGACUGGGAAGCAGUGCCUCAGGAGCUCUGGACAUCCAAGUUGUGCCUGUCACAGUGGUUGAAUACGUCCAGGCACCAACAUCAGCCUCAGCUGCCCCAGAUUAUGUCAUUGAUACUCCCUCCCCAGCAUCUAUUGUCCCUGCCUCUGCCCCUCCUCCUCCUUCCAUUCCCCCUUCUGGUGGUCCAGGUGCCUCUCCUGCUCCUCCUCCACCUCCCCCUUAUCCCCUACUUAGUGGUGUACCCCCACUCCUUCCUGGAGCACCAAACACUCAAUCCGGGCUUAAGGGCAAGAAGCCUAUUCAGACCAAGUUCAGGAUGCCAUUUUUUAACUGGCAGGUUUUAAAGCCGAACCAGGUGAAAGGCACCGUCUUUAAUGAGCUGGAUGAUGAGCAGAUUUUAGAGGAGUUGAACAUGGAUAUAUUUGAGGAACAGUUUAAGACUAAGGCUCAGGGUAAUCCUGGAGGCCAGUUCACUUUGAAGAAGAAGGCUGUCCAGAAGACAUCCCUGAUUAACACCAACAAGGCAAAGAAUCUUGCGAUUACUCUACACAAGGGGGGAAUGAACCCAUCUAAAAUCUGCACUGCCAUAGAGAUGUAUGACCAGAAGUCUUUGUCUGUAGUCUUCCUUGAAUUGCUCAAGCCCUUCAUACCAUCAGACUUUGAGAUGAAGCUGCUGGUUAACUAUGAAAACGAUGGCCGCCCACUUGAGGAUCUGGCUGACGAAGACCAAUUUAUGUUACGCUUUGGGAAGAUUCCUCAUCUGAGCCAGCAAAUUAACACUCUCACUUUCGUGGGCAACUUCCCGGACACUGUCAAACGACUGCAGCUGCAAUUGGACUCUAUCAUUUCUGCGUCGAUGUCCAUCAAGUCUUCAACCAAACUGAAAAAGAUCUUAGAAAUUGUUCUCGCCCAUGGCAACUACAUGAACAGCAGUAAGAGGGGCUCAGCUUAUGGUUUUCGACUGCAGAGUAUGGAUCUACUCUUGGAGACCAAGUCCACUGACCGCUCGCAGACGCUGCUUCACUUCAUCACCAAUAUCAUCCUAGAAAAAUAUGCCGACUUGGCCAACUUUCACACUGAGCUACACUUUGUGGACGAGGCAGCACUUGUGUACCUCGACAGUAUUAUUCAAGAUAUCUGCUCAUUAGAGAGGGGAAUGGAGAUGACCAAAGAGGUGCAGGAUGACAGCCCAGUGUUGAAGAAAUUCAUCAAAACCAACAGUAAGAAGCUGGAUUCUUUGAUGAAACACGGCAAGACAGCCCAGGAGGCUUACUGCUCUGUGGUGGAUUACUUUGGAGAGAACUCAAAAACCACAAAUCCCUCAGAGUUUUUCCCGAUUUUUGGACGCUUCAUAAAGGCCUAUAAGAAAGCAGAGGAAGAGAUUAAGAAGAAAAAGAAAAUGGAGAGUGAGGUCAGAAAGGUAAAAGACUCUCCAUCACCCAACAAGGCGGGGCACAAAAGUAACUAUGGGCCUAUGAUGCCCAAGAUGCCUCAGAUGGAGCUGAACCAAGGGCAGGUGAAACCCCAGGUACGCGAGGGGAAGGAUGGUGCUUUUGAGGACAUCAUCACAGAUUUGAGAAACUCACCAUACAGGCAGACGGAUGGUCGACGGCCAGCUCAGCGCAAGGAAACUUGGGCCACUUUUGGACAAAGACUCCUUGCAAAUUCAACUGGAACCACACUUAAGCAUACAGACAAAAGAGCAUGCUUCAAAAUGUUCUGUAUAUAA